GGGCGCGAUCCCGGCGGCACCAUCGUCAUGGCGGAGCAGGAGAGCCUGGAGUUCGGUAAAGCCGACUUCGUCCUCAUGGAUGCCGUCACCAUGCCCGAGUUCAUGGCGAACCUCCGCCUGCGGUUUGAAAAAGGCCGGAUUUACACAUUCAUUGGGGAGGUGGUAGUUUCCAUGAAUCCUUACAAAAACCUGAACAUCUAUGGGCGGGAUACGAUUGAGCAGUACAGAGGAAGAGAGCUGUAUGAGAGACCUCCUCACCUCUUCGCCAUUGCUGAUGCUGCUUACAAGGCGAUGAAGAGACGAUCCAAAGACACCUGCAUUGUGAUAUCAGGUGAAAGUGGGGCUGGGAAAACUGAGGCCAGUAAAUAUAUUAUGCAUUACAUAGCAGCCAUUACCAACCCAGGGCAGAGGGCUGAGGUGGAAAGAGUGAAGAACAUUCUGCUGAAAUCCAACUGUGUGUUAGAGGCCUUCGGCAAUGCCAAAACAAACCGGAAUGACAAUUCCAGCAGGUUUGGGAAAUACAUGGAUAUCAACUUUGAUUUCAAAGGAGACCCAAUAGGGGGACAUAUCAAUAAUUACUUACUAGAAAAGUCUCGUGUGAUUGUGCAGCAGGCGGGAGAGAGAAGCUUUCACUCUUUUUACCAGCUGCUCCAGGGGGGGUCUGACCAGAUGUUACGUUCUCUGCAUCUACAGAAGGAUGCGUCUGCAUACAAAUACAUCUGUCCUGGAGCACAGAUAAAGUGUUCCAUCAAUGAUGGUGCAGAGUUCAAAGCAGUAGCUGAUGCCAUGAAAGUGAUAGGCUUCAAGCAAGAGGAGAUUGAGACUGUCUACAAAAUUGUGGCUGUCAUCCUUCACCUGGGAAACCUGAAGUUUUCUGUGGAUGGUGACACACCUGUGAUCGAGAACAGCAAGGUUGUGUCCAUCAUUGCAGACUUGCUGUCAACAAAAUUUGACAUGGUGGAGAAGGCUUUGUUGUACAGAACUGUAGCUACAGGUCGGGAUGUCAUUGACAAACAGCAUACUGAACAAGAAGCCACCUAUGGCAGAGAUGCCUUUGCAAAAGCAAUCUACGAGCGCCUCUUUGCUUGGAUCGUGACACACAUCAAUGAUGUGAUUGAAGUGAAGAACUAUGACACUACAGUACAUGGCAAAAACACAGUCAUUGGAGUCCUGGAUAUCUAUGGCUUUGAAAUCUUUGACAAUAACAGCUUUGAGCAGUUUUGCAUUAAUUACUGCAAUGAAAAGCUACAGCAGCUCUUUAUUCAGCUGGUUCUAAAGCAGGAGCAGGAAGAGUACCAGCGAGAGGGAAUUCCCUGGAAGCAUAUUGAUUACUUCAACAACCAGGUCAUUGUUGACCUGGUAGAGCAGCAGCACAAAGGGAUCAUCUCCAUUCUGGAUGAUGCCUGCAUGAAUGUUGGAAAAGUUACAGAUGAGAUGUUCCUCGAGGCCCUUAACAACAAGCUAGGGAAGCAUGCUCACUUCUCCAGCAGAAAGCUUUGUGCAACUGACAAGACACUGGAGUUCGACAGAGACUUCCGGAUCAAACACUACGCUGGAGAUGUGAUUUACUCAGUCACUGGAUUUAUUGACAAAAACAAGGACACUUUAUUUCAAGACUUCAAGCGCCUCAUGUACAACAGCUCUAACCCUGUGUUGAAGAUGAUGUGGCCUGAAGGUAAACUGAGCAUCACUGAGGUAACCAAGAGACCUCUGACAGCUGCUACUCUUUUUAAGAACUCCAUGAUUGCACUAGUGGACAACCUGGCAUCGAAGGAGCCCUAUUACGUCCGUUGCAUCAAGCCCAACGACAAGAAGUCACCGCAGCUGUUUGAUGAGGAGCGGUGCAGGCACCAGGUUGAGUACCUCGGCCUCCUGGAGAACGUGCGAGUGCGGCGUGCCGGCUUCGCCUACCGCCAGACCUACGAGAAGUUUCUGCACAGGUACAAGAUGAUCUCAGAAUUCACUUGGCCAAACCAUGACCUCCCUUCAGACACAGAUGCUGUGAAGAAGCUCAUAGAGUGCCAUGGAUUUCAGCAUGAUGUGGCUUAUGGCAAGACCAAGAUCUUCAUCCGCACACCUCGAACUCUGUUCACCUUGGAGGAGCUGCAUGCCAAGAUGCUUGUGAGGAUUGUCCUCUUCCUACAGAAGGUUUGGAGGGGCACUUUGGCUCGCCUUCGCUACAAGAGGACAAAGGCUGCCCUCACCAUCCUCAAGUAUUACCGCCGCUACAAAGUGAAGUCCUACAUCCGGGAGGUUGCGCGGCGGUUCCACAAUGUGAGGCAGAUGAAGGACUAUGGGAAGCAUGUGCCAUGGCCCACCCCACCCAAGGUGCUGCGCCGGUUUGAAGAGGCCCUUCAGACCAUUUACCAUAGGUGGAGAGCGGGUGAACUCAUCCGGAGCGUCCCACCAGAAGUCCUACCUCAACUGAGGGCCAAGGUUGCUGCCAUGGAAGUGCUGAAGGGUCACAGAGCUGAUAUUGGCUUACAAAGACCAUGGGAGGGGAAUUACAUCGCCCUGAAACCAGACAACCCUCAGACCACCGGCUCUUUCAUCCCUGUUGCCAACGAGCUGAAACGGAAGGACAAGUACAUGAACGUUCUCUUCUCCUGUCACGUCCGCAAGGUCAAUCGCUUUAAUAAGGUGGAGAACAGAGCAAUCUUCAUUACAGACCGACACCUGUAUAAGAUGGACCCUAUGAAGCAGUACAAAGUGAUGAAGACCAUCCCCCUCUAUAAUUUGAUAGGAUUGAGUGUCUCCAAUGGGAAGGACCAGCUCGUGGUCUUCCACACGAAAGACAACAAGGAUCUCAUUGUCUGUCUCUUCAGUAAAGAGCCCUCUAAUGACAGCAGGAUUGGGGAGCUGGUGGGAGUCCUGGCCAGUCACUUCAAGAGUGAGAAGCGCACUCUGCAAGUCAGCGUCACCAACCCGGUGCAGUGCAGCCUGCAUGGACGGAAAUGCACCGUCUCUGUGGAAACCAGGAUCAACCAAUCCCAACCGGAUUUCACCAAGCAUCGUUCCGGCUUCAUCCUCUGCGUGCCAGGGAAUUAGCAUCCCCCUCUGCCUGGCGCAGGGAACAUGGGCUGGAGCUUCCAGCGCCCUUCCCUGGCCUUGGACUUUUCAAGGGGACUCAUGUCGAGAUGCUCAGCUGUGGCUUGAGCUCUAAAGCUGCAAACCCAAAGUCAGGAGAGGGUUUUACUACCACAUGCAACAAAGGCUUAAAAUAGCCAGUGACCUGUUAUCCAUCCUCUAAAACAGGGCAGAAUGUCAGGAAAGUGCUUCUGAAUUACUGCAGAAAAAGCAUUUAUAGGUACUUACACCCUUUCCCACACUGAUUUCCUAAACCCUCUCCCAUGUUCCCUUCUGUGUUCCCUUUUGUGUGUCCUGGUUUGCAAUAUUAUGCAGCCUUCACUGCAGGAACCAAAGAUAAACCAGCUCAGGGAGUCUGGUUCUGUGAGACCAAAUCCCAGUGGAACUGGAGCCAGGUUUCAAAGGACCCCUGGCUUUCCAUGCCAAGGAGACGCUCCACACUCUUCCAGCCCUGCCACACGCGUGGAGCUGGGAUAGUACAUGGAGAUACACCCCUUGGCUUCCUGCUUUCCUGCCUGGAGUUCAUGAACACUUGGAUCAAGGUCCACCAGCAGAAAGGAGAGUGGGAUUCACAAUGCAGAGGUUUAUUUUAAUCCUGCAUUGCUGUUGCCUUAAUUGCCCUCUCCAGGGAUCUAAAAUCCAGUGAAUUCCCAUUAGGACCAAAAUGGCCUUGCUGAAUUUGGGAUGCUCCACGUGGCUUCAUGUUAGUCCAGGCACUGAGGUGCAGAGAGGGCUGAAAGGACCCACUGCAGGUGGGUUAGUCUGGAAACACAUGGAGCUCAGGUGGCUGAAGCUGCAGCUCCCUUCCUUUGCACUAUUGAACACUGACUCUGGCACAUCCGUCCGCACCAGGCGAGGGGCAGCAGCACAACCCCAACUGCAGAUACCCAGGCUGCAGCCUUCUGUUUCCCUGAGCGUUCCCAGCUUAGGGGUUGAUGCUGGGGAGUCCGUGCAUCACUUGGCUUGUCUGGUGGCAUCACGUUUCCCUGCCUCAUGGUGCCCACGUCUGCCCUGCUCAGAUAACCCUGAGCUUGGUGUUUAUGUGUGUUCUGACUGGCUUUUGGUUUCCACCAUGUCUCAGGCUGCUGCUGCUCUGGGGCUUUGGAGCAGAGGUGGCCUCGUGCCACUGAGGGGCUGUUGGGAUUGGACAUUCAGAGUCCUGGCACUGCUGGUCAGGUCAGGAUUUCCAGCCCAUUGGACAUAGGGGGUCUGUGUUGUCACCCAGCAGGCAAACAGGGAGCUGGAAAGAGACUGGAAGAGGCUUUUCACCCAACGACCUGUUAAUGGACGGCUUCCCAAAGCCAUGCCAUGGACGUGGGGUGCAGGGACAGGUCACUGCAGCAUUUGUACCACACCACAACAACCCAGACUGAGGUUAAGGGGUACCUUGAGCACAGAGAUGCUUCAGCUCUGGAUUUAAGUGGGACAAGCUUAAAGCUUCCCAGUGCUCUUCACCAGGGAGGCCCCACACUGGAGCCCUGUGGUUGACAGGAUCCCUCACCAGUAUCCCAGCGCCGCAUCCCAAACACCAGUAACCAGCUCUGGGAUGACUCCUGCUCCAGAGGGCUCUGCACAUGGGGUCUGCCCAAAGCCCUUGAGCUCUUCCAGAUGCUGCAAACACAACUCACCCACCACCACCGGGACCAUCGGGAACCUGGAGGUGACAAGGAACCCAUGCAGCAGCCUCAGACCUCGCCGCGCACACAAGCACGAAGCAUCACCUUCAGGAGGAGCAAUGCCAACACUGAAGCCAUGGGUGACCCCAGCUCCAGUUUGGCCACUCCAGCUCCCAUUUGGCCACCACAGCUCCUGUUUGCAUCCCCCUGGAGAAGCACCCGAAGGAAAACCCUCACCAUUGCUGUGCCUUUCUAUUUGCACUUCUUGCUUUUUACAUCUACUAGUCCCCAGC